AUGGGCGCAGACGAGGACAGAGCGCCCGAGGACGUGGCCGCCGGUGACGGCGAGGAAGCCUCAGCCGGCGGCAAGAAGGGCCGAUACCGCCGGGAUAAGCCUUGGGACCACGACGGCAUCGACCACUGGAAGGUUGACCCGUUCACCAAAGAUGACAAUCCCGACGGUCUCUUGGAAGAGUCUUCGUUCGCCACGCUGUUUCCCAAGUACCGCGAGAAGUACCUGAGGGAGGUGUGGCCCUCGGUGACCCGCGCGCUGAAGGAGUGCGGCAUCGCGUGCGAGCUCAACCUCGUGGAGGGUUCCAUGACCGUGCGCACCACGAGAAAGACGUUCGAUCCGUACAUCAUCAUCAAAUCUCGUGACCUCAUUAAGCUCCUGUCGCGCUCGGUUCCCGCGCCCCAGGCGCUGAAGAUCCUCCAGGACGACGUGCAGUGCGACGUGAUAAAGAUUGGAGGGAUGGUUCGGAACAAGGAGCGAUACGUUAAGCGUCGGCAGAGGCUCAUCGGGCCCAAUGGGAGCACCCUGAAGGCAAUCGAGAUGCUCACGAACUGUUACGUCCUGGUGCAGGGCAACACUGUGUCCUGCAUGGGUGGCUGGAAGGGGCUCAAGAUGGUACGAAAGAUCAUCGAGGACUGCAUGCGGAACAUGCACCCUAUCUACCACAUCAAGGAGCUCAUGAUCAAGCGGGAGCUCGCCAAGGACCCGGCGCUGGCGGACCAGAGCUGGGACAGGUUCCUGCCCAAAUUCAAGAAGAAAAAUGUGCAGCGCAAGAAACCCGCCAAGAUCGGCAAGGGCAAGAAGGACCAGGUGUUCCCGCCCGCGCCCCAGCCGAGCAAGAUCGACAUGCAGAUCGAAUCCGGCGAGUACUUUCUGUCCCAGGAAGCGAAGAGAAGGAGGGCGGCGCAGGAGAAGCUGGACAAGCAGAAGGAGGCGCUGAGUGCGUCGCAGAAGCGUCGACGGGACGCGUUCAUCGCGCCCAAGGAGGACGGGCCCGAGGAUGGGGACGCGGCGAGGAAGAAAAAACGCGAGGUAAGCGCCGACGACGUCAAGGCCAGCGUCGCCAAGCUCAAGGAGAAGUCCGCCGCAAAGAAGGAGGAGGAGAGGAACCGAAAGUCCAGCAGGAACGUGUUGGGGGCUGGUAAGAGGGAAAAGAAGGAGAAGAAGGAGAAGAAGGAGAAGAAGAGGUCCUCGGACUGA